AUGGCUACACCUAAAGAAAGUGCUAAUGCCUUUUUGACUCAGGCAUGCUGUGGUACUAUUAUGGCUCUCCACCGCGUGGGUAACACAGAACCGGAGUUUUACAAGGAUCAACUUGUCGUUUUAUUGACGCAGUACCUCAACAACUGUUGGAAUUCGCUUCUUAAGAAGGCUGAUCCAUACGUGGAAGAGNAUCAACUUGUCGUUUUAUUGACGCAGUACCUCAACAACUGUUGGAAUUCGCUUCUUAAGAAGGCUGAUCCAUACGUGGAAGAGUCGUUUGCCUUGAUGCUGCAUGACAAGCCUGCUUGUGUUUUAAAGAAACUGUUUGCUCUCGGAGCACAUGUUCUUCCCGAUAGGCCACCGGCACAGCUUUCUCAGUAUGCACCUAACAAUCCGGAGCAACUUGAGGCUGCACGCCUCUUUGUAUCCAACUUGUUACAUGCAGCUUUUGCCUCGGAAAUUCCCGAAGACAUUUUUCAGCAUGACUGCGAGGGUUUAUCGUUGGGUGAAGAAAGGGCUCUGUGGAAGGAACGCGGAUGCCCAGAAGAAGCUUUCUUUGUACUUUCUUGA